AUGUUGCCGAGGGUUAAAUCAAAGCAACCCGGUCCAAUUUCGAAUCGAUUGUGGUCGGCCACCGGAGUCAACGUUUACAAGAAGGUUUUUGAAAUGAGCGAUGAAAAUCUGAAGGCCCACAUCGCCCACGUUGCUUAUAAAAAAUAUGGUCAAUUAGCAAAAGCCCAGCAGAUCGAGGCGGUAGCCAACUUGGUCUCUGGUCGUAACACGUUUGUUCUUGCCGGCACCGGAUUUGGCAAAUCACGCAUAGCCGAGAUUUACUUUAGUAUGCUACCUAUGACAAGAAACUCGGUCAUUCUCACCUUGAACCCCUUAGAUUCUUUAGGCGACAAUCAGGUCUUUGAAAAACGUGCGGCAGGAUUCUCGGCAAUCAACUUGAACAAGUUGAACUUCAACAAAAAAGUCGCCGAUGACAUAUCUAAAGGCGUUUAUCAAUUCGUUUAUUUAAGCCCGGAAAUAUUCCUCAAUAAUAAGCUAUGGUAG